AUGAAAAAGUACAAGCAAAAACUGGACAGUCGUCUCGGUUUCGUGCUCCUCCUAUGUCUGGUGACCAUGUUUGUCAUUCUAGGUAUCUACGGAACAAUGCAUUCGUCCGUACACGAUGAGCUCACCGUCUACGUCAACCGGACGCAUCAGAUAGCGAGUGAACUGAAGAAUGCAAUGGAUGAGAAUUAUCCAAAGGAGAAUCAGACGAAUGUCGAUAAGCACGGAAGGGUUUGGAUGACUGUCGAGGAGUUGGAGGAUUACGCUUAUUUGAUAGAUAAGACCAACUCGACGGUCUGGAAUCUGUUCUUCUGGAAUCUCGUGUUAUCCAUUUUCCUUGCCCCAAUCGUAUUGGCUAUUCAUUUGGAAUGGAUUGGAGGGAAUGGCGCUAAGUUGGCUUAUCGGGUCAUCCUCCUCAUCGGUCUCCUUUUCUGCAUCGCCCAAUUCCUGUACCUCGUGCAUCCAGUCUUCUGGGGAGCCGUUCGUUUCCCGGGAAUGCUCGACCGUCUCUUCCUCGAAGCGUAUCCACGUGACGAAUACCAAAUUGACAGUAUCCAACGACGAUUCGCUUGUGAAUUCCGGCCACACGAGACCCUGGUCCAGUUGGAUUUACAACAACCGUGUAUUCCGAAAAUGAAGAACUCCCUGCUCCCUACUUACUCGACGCUUCUGUUGAUCUUCAUCGAUCUGUUCCCAUUCCUGUUCGGAGCGUUCAUUUAUGCAUGGAGUGCGUGGAUUAAGAAUAGUAAUGUGGUGAGAACGGCCAGGCAACGUGUCGAACUCAAUAAUUCCAGAAGAGUGCCAUUCCCAACACACAACAUCUACUCACCACCGGAGCGCAACACAAAGUUGGUCGAAGUCUAA